AUAAUUUCACUGAUUUUUAUCAAUAAUCAUUUGAACCAAUAAUGAUAGAAGAUUGAAUUCGAUGUAUUUCAUAUUCAUAAUACACUAGAUAUAACAUUAAAAGGAGAACAUAGAGAUAAAUAGUAAUGUUGAAAUUACUUAGAAUAUUUUGUUCUUAAAUUGUAUUUUAUAAUAAUAAUAAUAAUAACAAUCAUAAAACAUUGUCCAUUUACAAAGAAUCAUGUCAAAUAAUAUUAAUAUUACUACAACUGAUACUGUUGAUAACAAUAAUAAUAAUAAUAAUAAUAAUAAUACUAGUAGUAGUAGUAGUAGUAAUGAGAUGAAAUUAGAUAAACAUAUGCAAACAACUGCAUCUAUAGAUGAAUUAAUUUAUGGAUUAUAUCAUAUUACAAUGGAGAUAUCACCUACUUGUCGUCAAGCAGCUACAUUAUUUUUAUCAGGAUUUUUUGUUGUUGGAGUACUUUUAAUUAUACCAGCAUUAAUGCAAACAGCUGCUGCAUAUGUAUGGGCAGCACAAAUACGUCGUGAAUCUGUGACACCAACACAAUUACAACAAUCUAAAAAAAAUCAAUCUAUAUCAAAAAAUAAUAAUAAAAUUCAAAAACAAAUUAAAAAGCAUAGAUUACCAAAACAAGAUCGUACAUUAUUUCUAUAUCGUAUAUUAGCUUGUACUGCAUCACUUCUUGUUCUUAUCUUUUCUACAUUACCCCAAUUAGUUAUUGUUGUUGCUAAACCACAAAUAGCUGAUAGUAUAGAUAAACGUUGGGGCUGGUGUCAUGCAUUUGUAUAUGCUGAUCAUGUGACAAGAUGUUUUGCAAGUUAUUUAAUUGUAAUACCAUUUUUUUUAUUAUUUUGGAAUUUUUUAUUUAGUGAAAUAUUACCACAUCAUCAUUUCAUUAUGCGUAAUGUAUUUGGAGUUAUCUUAAAAUCAUCCAUUAUUAUAGCUUUAUUUUCUUUAUGUAUACCAAUACCGAUUGUAGUAAGACAAUAUGAGAAAAUGUGUACAUCUAAUAAAAUAUGUUUAUGUGGACCAACCAUGCAUGGGAUUGCAACAUUUAUAUAUUAUGAUUUUGUUGUGACUCGUAUUAUUCCAGCUAUAUUUGUUAUAUUUAUAAGUAUUGGAUUUUUACGUUGGUUACCUAGAGAAGAUUAUGGAGUAUUUUAUGAACCAGCAAUAUUUUUAGCUUUUAUGAUACCUCAUGUAUUAUGUGAAGUUAUUAUACAUAUAUUUCAUCGUGCACAUAUAAUCAAUAAAUUAAUUAAUGUGAAUUUUAGUAAUUUUAUGCUUUUAUCUUAUGCAUUAUAUCAUAUGUCAUUUAGUUGUACAUUUGUAUUGGCUACAUUACGUUCAAUGUUAAGUGAAAUACAAGAGGAACGACGUAAACGAAGUAUGCUUUUAUAUGAUGAAACUAUUGAUACAUCAAAACAACCAUCAUCUAGUCGAAAUAAAACUACUAUACGCAUAGCUGAUAAUAAUAAUAAUAAUAAAACUAAUCAAAUGCAUGGAACUAAACGUCGUACAAAUUUAAUACAUGGUUUACAAAAACAAUUCUCUGUAGCUUAUCGUUGGAAACCAGAUUUUACUGAUGAAGAAACUGGUUUUAUUUCUGGACAAAUAGAUGAAUUAUCUAUGGAACAAUCAAUUAAUCAAAAUAUUUCUAGUAUAAAUGAAAAUGAAUCUAAUUUAUCAGAUAUACAAAAUGAAACAAAUGAAAAGUGUACAGAUGAUGCAAUGUUACAUUAUGCUAUAUUACAAAGAUCAGCUAGUUUAAAAAGAAAAGAACAAGAACAACGUAUAAAACCACAAACACAUACAUCAUAUAGUAUUAUACGAAAAUUAAAUUCACAACAAUGUCAACCAUUACAACAACAACAACGUACCAUAUUGUAUCCUAUUAAUAACCAAUUGAGUUAA